AUGGCAAGCAAAGUGAUUGUUCUUGCUCUUGUCUUUGUUGCCAUUGUUGGGCUGGCAUCAGCAGCAGGACCUGCUCCUUCCACAACUGUCCUGCCAGCAGAAGCACCUUUGAGCGAUGAUUUUAUCGGUACUGAUGAUGCUGCUGCAGCUGGUGCACCCUCUGGUGGUGAUGCCGUUGUUCCAGGACCAAUGGGAAGUGUUGAAGCAGCUGGGGAACCUUCUGGAUCACCCAAAAGUGAUUCCGCUGCCCUCAAGUUCUCUGCCAUUACAGGAGUUGCCGCUGUUGCUGGCUACCUCUUCUUCUAA